UGAUGUUUGUAACUUGUAAUUCUUAUUAUAAAAGUUUGUAAAAAAACAAUAUGUAAUAACUUGUUAAAUGUAAUACUAAUAUAACUAUAUUAUAAUAAAAAAAGUAAUUUAUACUUGUUAUAAAUGGGCAAGUGAAAAGUAGAAAUUAUUCAUACUACUUAUUGUUAUUGUUUAUUGCCAAUUAAGUAAUGAUGGCGUUUGGAAAUACUGGACCGCAAUACGAAUUAUUAAAUGGAAAAAAGAAUUAUAUUCAGCCAAUAGUACAUACUUUGGUUCUAAUCGGAUUAGCUGUCCUUGUGGUUUUUGUUGUAACAUUGAUGUUUUAUGUAUCGUGGAUGAAUUUUGAUGAUUCCAAUGACCAAAAUACACCUUUGGAUUUUGUAGUUUUUGGUCCGCAAAAAUAUUCAAAUUUUGAUCCAGCUUAUCAAAGAGCCAGAGCUUACGCAUAUGCUGCAAAAUCAAGCCAUCAUGCUCAUUGGGCCGCAAAACAUUUGGUAGAUCUUAAUAAACGUAUUGAUAAAACAUAUCACUUAGCGUGUUAUUAUAGUAUUCCUACUAAUGAUUCAAGUGACAUUCUUUAUCCAAAUCAAAUCAACGCUACUUUAUGCACUCAUUUGAUAGUUGCUUCAGCUCAAGUGCUAAACAAUAGUGUUUAUUUCAAAAACCCGUUUGAUAUUAAUAUAUUGCAACAAGCUGUACAACUACGUGAUGCGAAUCCUCAGUUAAAAAUCAUGCUAUCACUUUUAGGUUUUUCAAAUGGUACUCAUUCUGAUGAAGGAUUUUCUGGUGUUGUUACUAAUACUGAAAAUUUAGAAAAGUUUGUCCAUAAUGUUGUGACAGUAGUUCAGAAUUAUGAUUUAGACGGUAUCGACAUCGAUUGGGAAUUUCCAUCGUGGCCUCUAUUGAAUUUAGAAGAAAAAUAUGGGUUUGCUAAAUUGCUAGAAUUAUUACGAUAUCAACUCCCAGAUUCACUUUUAAGUGCCGCUGUUGCUGCUCCAUUAAGUAUUAUUGAUAAUUCAUAUGAAAUUUAUGCUUUAGUCAGUUUUUUAGAUUUCAUUAAUGUAAUGGCCUAUGAUUAUCAUUUUUAUCAAUGGUAUUUUCCAAUCACAGGACCAAACUCUCCUCUGUUUUCUUCGGCUAAAGAAACAGGUUAUUUUAAAAACCUCAAUGUAAAUACAUCAAUACAAUAUUGGAUAUCUAAAGGAAUGCCAAAAGAAAAGAUAUUGCUCGGAAUGCCAACAUAUGGUCAUUCUUUCAAGUUAAUUAAUGAAGACAACCAUGAUAUUGGCUCUCCUGCUUCAGGUUUUGGUAUUGGUAAAAACGGCUUUAUAACAUUUCCUCAGGCUUGUAAUUUUAUUUCUCACCAAAAAGCUGUUACGAUUUUUGAUCAUGAAACGCGUACACCUUAUUCGUAUUGUCAUAAGGAUUGGAUAUCCUAUGAUAACGAAAACAGUUUAGCAUAUAAGGCCGAGUUGGUUGCAUCUUUAGGACUAGGAGGCGCCAUGGUAUUUUCACUGAACACUGAUGAUUUUCAAGGUUCAAGCCUUUGUUCGUCGACAAUGUUUCCGUUAACGUCUAGGAUAAAAACCGUGUUAAACGAUGACUACUUAUAAAUAAAAAUAACGAUGAUUUCCUGGCAGCUGUGUAAUACAAAACUACACUAGUCACAAAUGUGAGGAGUAUGAGAAAAGUACCUUCGCUAUAUUAAAAUUAUAUAAUUAAUAGUUUUUUUUUAUUAACAUCACAAAUGCGGCUAGUGCGCUUCAAAUGACCAAUUUAUUGUCAAACUAUGUAUUUUCAUUAAGUAAAUAUUAUUUUCCAUGAGUUACUCAAAUUUGUAUAUAUCACAUAACAUUCAUUUUCCAUCAACUACUAACUAAGAACUUAUAUUAUAAAAAAAUUAUAUAAUCAUAUUUGCAUUUUUAUGAACAAUUUUCGGCUGCACCCUAUACUUAUUAUUGUCCAUAUCAUUAGAAAAAUAAAGUGCAAUUUAUAUUUUAAUAUUAAUUGUCUGAACGAUAUACCUAUUUUUAUUAUAUUGUAUGUUAAUGUAAUGUGCAUCAAUCCAUUUAAGAUGUAACUAUGUAUUAAUCAACAUUCCAAGACCCAAGCUAUUUUAGUAAAUUUUGUUAUAAUUGUAUAAAAUGUGUAAUUAAUUCACCAAGAAUU